AUGACGCUGUGUGAGAAAAUAUGUCUCGUGUGUUUAAUGGUCUUCGGAUUGUUCUUCAUCCUGCUCAGUAUUGUAGCUCUCACCCUUAUCGGAGGACUUGUGGAUAAGACCAUGCUUUCGAGGGAUCGUUUGGGCUAUGAGGACUUGAACGGUACCAGACGUCUGAACCCGAUGACGGAAAAAUGGGUACAUCCGGAAUAUCAUAUGCAAGUACAAAUCUGGAUGUUCAAUUUGACGAAUCACGCGGAAGUUCUUCGUGGAGCAAAACCAAGGGUGCAAGAGAUAGGACCGUUUACAUUCCUAGAACGUCAGUAUAAGUCACCUUAUCAGUUCGAUAAAAACGACACAAGGGUUUUCUAUCGAAACAACCAUGUUUAUACCUUCAAUGAAUCACUAUCAUGUGCCAGUUGCUCUCUCGAUAAACAUGUUAUAAUUCCAAAUGUUAUAUUCCAGAAACUGGUGGACUUCGCACAACAUGGAUUCGCUGCAAAGUUUGCCAUAGAAGCUGUCCUGACGGUUUAUAAGAGGGAGUCCCCUUUCAUUGAAGUUAGUGUGAAAGAAGCAUUGUACGAUGGUUACAAAGAUCCAUUGCUCGCUGCAGUUUGCGAUAAAACUCCCUUCUUGAAAGCGCUAUGUGUAGGUGCUAAGAUUCCGGAUCGCAUUGGAUUUUUCUAUGGGCAAAACAACACGGAUGAUGGUUUAUACGAAGUUGACACGGGUCGCAAUGAUGUUUACAAUAUUGGAAAGGUAUACACGUUUAACAAUAUGUCUGUAAUGCCGGAAUCUGUGUGGGAUUCCGCUGAUGCGCGAGAAAUCAGAGGAACGGAUGGACAGCUCUUUCCACCAAUGCUUGAGGAGGGACGGGAACUUGAUAUAUUCGCAGGUCCCAUGUGCAGGUCGAUCACGAUGGACUUUUUGAGGCGAUCUGAUUUUCAAGAUGUUACCGCGUUCCGCUACGGGUUACCUUCAAAAAUGUUCGAUCCAAAGAUUCCUCGGAACCGUGGAUUCUGCAACAGGAAUGGCACUCCUACCUUUUUCAAUGCAUCUAUUCAAAUUCCUGGAUGCUUACCCAAAGGUUUACUCGAUAUCGGAAGAUGCCUUCCUGGUACACCGCGAAUCUACAUUUCAAACCCUCACUUUUCGGUCUAUCAUCCAUCAAGCAUAAAAGCGCAAAGGAGAGAAAGAUCAAACAUAUGUGGAUAUAGAACCAUUAAGUGGUGUGCCAAUACAUGCGCAGAGAGUCACACAAAUCAAUGUUGGAAUGGUAAAAGGAAACCUCAAUGUCUUGGCCGACAUGUAUAA